AUGUUAAAUAAUAUGAAGUGGUUUUUAAUUAAAGUGAUUUUAUUAACAUGUAAUAAUCUAAUUUUAAUAAAUGCUGAAUAUUAUUCUUCUGUCCACAAAAUGUCCACCCUAAUGGAUACUGAAUUAAAAAUUUUGGAUAAUAUGGAAAUAUUUAUAAGAAAAAAUGAAGAUAAAUUAGAAUUUCUAAAAGAAAAACUGGCGGUAUAUGAAAGAGAACAUGAGGAAGCUUUAGCUAAAGGAUCAGAAUAUUUGGAAAAUCCUUUAAAUAAAUAUAUGCUAAUUAAACGACUAUCCAGUCAAUGGGAGGGUAUUGAAAAUGUAAUGCAAUAUAAAGCGGGAGAGAAAACUUUAAAGAAAAUUAAAAAGCAUAAUAUUCAAAAUUCUGAAUAUGAGGGUGGCAUUGAUGGUUUAUUAAGAUUACAAGAUGUUUAUAGAUUAAAUACCUCCGAUAUAGCUAAAGGUAUAUUGCAAGGUGUACAAUAUGACUUUCAAUUCGAAACCCGCCAUUGUUAUGAUAUCGGUCAGAGAGCUUUAGCUACUGAUUUCUUUAGAUUAGCUCAUUCUUGGUUACAAGAAGCAUUAAAAAGAUUCUCUGAACCGACUGAAACUGAGAAUGAAAAUGAUUUUUCUUUUACAAAAUUGGAAAAAUUAGAUAUUGAAUUGGCUUUGGUUAAUGCUAAAUAUAAAUUGGGUGAUAUUAGCGGUGCUAAUCAAACCUAUGUGGAUUUGAUUAAUUUAUAUCCUGCUAGUGAAAGAGUAGCUAAACUUUAUGCUGAAUUUUCAGAGGAAUCAGUUAAUAAAGCUACUACUGAAGUGGAUUAUACCAUAGAUCAUGAUCCUCCAGUAAAAAACCUUGCCUCUGCUAGUCAAUCACUUCUAUACAAAUACACAUGUGCAAAUAUUUUAAAGAAAACUCCCUCAGAAGAGCGUGAUUUACGUUGUAGCUAUAUUACCGAAACUCAUCCUUUUCUAAUUUUGGCUCCCAUUAAAGUAGAAGAAAUUAAUCAUUUUCCUCUUUUACUAGUAUUUCAUGAUAUUAUUUCCAACAAUGAAAUAGCGUUAGUAAAAAAUCUAACAACCGCCAUCCAGAGAGCAACUGUAAUGGGUACAAAUAGUUCCAUAGUAUCCGAUGUACGUACAAGCCAAUUUACUUUUGUUUCGGUUAAAAAACAUCCAGUAUUAAGAGUAAUUGAUCAGCGUGUUGAAGAUAUGACAAAUUUUAAUAUGAAAUAUAGUGAAGAGCAUCAGUUUGCUAACUAUGGUAUCGGUGGUCAUUAUGGUGAACAUCAUGAUUUCUUUUAUGAAGCUUUUAUGACUCCUGAAAGAGUAAGUCUUUUUGAAAUGGGCAAUCGCAUAGCCACAGUAUUAAUUUAUCUUAGUGAUGUCGAACAGGGUGGUGGCACCGCCUUUCCCUAUAUGAAAAGUCAUUUAUUGCCCAAAAAGGGUUCUGCUGCUUUCUGGUAUAAUUUACAUGCUUCUGGAGUUGGUGAUAAACGCACUUUACAUGGUGCCUGUCCCAUUAUAGUGGGUUCUAAGUGGGUUCAAAAUCGUUGGAUACGUGAACAUGAUCAAAGUGAUCGACAUCCUUGUUUACUAUACGAUGAUUCUUUAUAA